GGCCAACGAGAAAGUACAACAACGCCCGAGGCGAGAUGGGGGGCGGCUCUUCGACGCAGCAGCGCCAGAUGCUGCAGCUUCAGGAAGCACUGCAGGCCAAGGAAGCCGAGGUCGCCAAGCUGCGCGAGCUCACCAAGGAGCUUGACGCCGCCAAGGCCGCCAAGGAAAGCGAAGUCGGACGAGCUGUGCGGACCUCAGUCUCCAACACCGUGUCCAUUGACGCGACAAGGUCCCAGAAGAGCCACAAGUCGUUUGCGAUCGUGGCAUUGCCCAAGCCCGCAGACGCGUCUCCCAUGAAGCGGCGCGUCGAAGUGAGUGCCGAGAUCAUCAUGACCAAGAAGGUUGCAGGCUUUGAGAAAACGGUGUUUCCCAAGUCGGACGCGUCGCGCGAGCUCAUUCUCAAGGUCAUCCAGCAAAAUAUCCUCUUCAAUGGGCUGUCGCUCGGGGAGCAAAACGACUGCGUCGACGCCUUCAUGUGCGUCGAAAAGCCGCCCGGCGUCGAGGUCAUCACUCAAGGCGAUCAAGGUGACCACUUUUACGUCGUUCAGUCUGGCACACUCGACAUUCUCGUGUCGCUCAAAGGCAACGCGCCCAUCAAAUUUGGUCAAAUGGCGCCUGGCAUGGGCUUUGGCGAGUUGGCGCUUCUCUGCAACACACCGCGCGCAGCGACGAUCAAGUCGACGACGCCUGUUGUGCUCUGGGCGCUUGACCGUCUCGUUUUCCGCAACAUCUGCACGUACCACGAGAGCAUUCGACACGAGAAGGCGUUCCAGUUUCUGCGCCAAGUGUCGGUCUUUGACAAGCUUUCGUCGGCCGAGCUCACGCGCGUGGCAGCGGCGAUGCAGUGGGAAGAGUACUCGCCUGACACGGUGCUAUUGCGCGAAGGCGAAGUCGGCGACUACUUUUACCUCAUCACGUCCGGCGAGGUGUGCGUGAGUAAGCGCAGCGCUGAGACGCAAGACGACGAGGUGCUGCGGUACCUCACCGUCGGCGAGCAUUUUGGCGAAAUGGCGCUCUUCAAGGACGAGACGCGAUCGGCAACGUGCACGAGCACCUCGGCAGUGCAGCUAUUGACGCUUGCACGGGAGCACUUUUGCGCGCUCCUCGGGUCUCUUCAGGAACUUAUGGAGCGCUCCGAGCAACCACAGGCACCGCCGAAAAAGAACUCGCUCGCAGUCGAAAGCCGGUCGUCAAUCAAGUACGCGGUCGACGUCGAACUCGCGGAUCUCGAGAUCAUGCAGACGCUGGGGAGCGGUGCAUUCGGGCGCGUCAAGCUUGUGCAACAUCGCCCGUCGCACCAGACCUUUGCGCUCAAGUGCCUCGUCAAGUCGCAUAUUGUGUCCAACAACCUCAAGGAGCACGUCGUGAAUGAGAAGCGCGUCAUGAUGAUGCUUGACCACCCGUUCAUUCUCAAGCUCCACCACACGUACAAGGACGCUAUGUACGUGUACUUUCUUCUCGAGCUCGCGCUUGGCGGCGAGCUGUUUACGUUUUUGCGCCGGCGCGAAAAGUUUGAUGAGGCCAGUGCGCGUUUCUACAUCGCGUCCGUUGUACUCGCGUUCGAGCACAUGCACACCAAGGCGAUUGCAUACCGCGAUCUCAAGCCCGAGAACCUCAUUCUCGACGCGCGCGGGUUCCUAAAAGUCGUGGACUUUGGUCUUGCGAAAGUCGUGAACGACCGAACGUGGACGCUUUGUGGGACACCAGACUACUUGGCUCCCGAGAUCAUUCUCAAUCGCGGCCACGACAAGGCUGUCGACUAUUGGGCGCUGGGAAUUCUCAUCUACGAGCUCAUUGCUGGCACCGUGCCGUUCUACGCUGACGACCCCAUGCAAGUCUACUCGCUCGUGCUCACGGGCAACAUCAAAUUUCCCGUCACAUUUGGCCGUACGAGCGUCGACCUGAUCCAGAAACUACUGACGCAAAACCCGGUCCGGCGGCUUGGAAACUUGAAACACGGAGUCCACGACAUCAUGAACCACCGGUGGUUCUCGGGAUACGACUGGGACGGUCUCCUAAAGCAACGACUCACGCCGCCGAUCGUGCCGCAGCUCAAGUCCAACGUUGACGCGUCGUACUUUGAGCGAAUAGGCGAAGAGAAUUUUGAAGCCGAGCCCUGUAGUUGGGACCCCGACUUUUAGAGUAGAGAGGCAGAUGUGCGUAGACAGAAAACGAAAUAUAGCUGAAUCAUGUGUUGCGUCGUCC